CACUUCCCAGGCAGUGGGACAGAGAGAGAGAGAGAGAAAGGGAGAGUGAGAGUGAGAAAGAUAGAUAGAGAGACUGAGAGAGAGAGAGAGGGAGCAGAGGGGGAGUGAAAGAGAGAGAGUGAGUAAGAUAGAUAGAGAUAGAGAGACUGAGAGAGAACGAGAGGGAGCAGAGGGGGAGAGAGAGUGAGAGAGAGCAGAGGGAGAGAGAGAGAGGGAGCAGAGAGAGAGAGAGAGAGAAUUGCAGAGUAUGAAAAAGCACGAGAGGGAGGAGAACCAGAGCUAGCCAGCGCAGCAGAAAAAUAAUUGCAGACAGAAUAGAAGACAGAAAACAAGGGAGUGACGGAGGGAGACCCUCAGCUGCCUACCUGGGUCCUGUGGCUGUGCUUUCUGUUUUGGAACUGGCGAGGUGGGGAGGGAGGUGUGGAAGAGGGGAGGAGGAGGAGGAGGAGGGGGGCGUGGGUGCCUGGUCUGGAGGCCGCAGUCCGGGGAAGUUUCACACACCAGCAACAAAGUGAAGCCACUCGGAGGAAUUCACAGUCUCGCACGUCUGGGUUUUUUUUUCUUCCGUUCUCCGUUUUCUUUUCCUCCCCCUUACUCACACUCUCUCUCUAUCCCCUCUCUCUCUCUCUGUCUCUCAAUCUUUCUCAUUCUCUGUCUCUCAGUCUCUCUCACGCUCUCUCUCUCUCUGUGUCUCAGUCUUUCUCAUUCUGUCUCUCAAUCUUUCUCAUUCCCUCUCUCUCAGUCUCUCUCUCUCUCCCAGUCUCUCUCACCCUCACCCCCCCCUCUCUCUCUCUCUCUCUUUUCUUCUUUCUGCUGAAAGAGUGGGGAGCUGCUUCAUACGUCUGGUCUGCUGCGCCCUCCUCAGCGACAGUCCACCCCAGACGCCGUGUGUGGACCCCUGACCACCCCUGGAGGGGGGAGGAGGGGGGGGGGGGUAGGGGCGUGUGGGGCACGCUCGGGACAGGGCAGGGCACCCGUUCGGAGGAGGCACCGCUCAGUUAACUGUUCCCGGACGGUGUGGAGACAGAGCGAAGAGAGAGAUCUGGGUACGGGACAUCUGCAGAGGAAGCUCGCUGAUCAGCUGAUCCGUUGAGGGGUGUUCCCUGCCCUUAUAAGGAGACGGGGCCGCGGGGCGGUUCGGGCCCUUUUCCGCGUGCUUUUGGCGCGCUGCUCCCGUCGUCCGCGUGGAGGGAGGCGUUUGGCUGCGGCCUGCGCUCCUGCUCUUUAUUCCCCCUGUUUUCUUUCAGCACAACAGCCCGUCUUGUCUGGGGACAAUAGGAACGUUUGUUGUUGUGGCGAGUUCGCAAGGGGAUCGGAACGAGGCCGUACGCUCUCUCUCUCGCUCUCGCUCUCUCCCUCUCUCUUUCUCUCUCCUCUCUCUCUGGCUGUGAGGUCUCUCCCCUCUCUCUCUUUUUCUCUCUCUCUCCCUCUCUCUUACUCUCUCCUCUCUCUCUGGCUGUGAGCUCUCCCUCUCCCUUUCUCUCCCUCUCCCUCUCUCUCUCUCUCUCUCUCUCUCUCUCUCGCGGAAACAGCUGGAAUGCCAUCUGCUGGGAGAAGCCCGGGUGUUCUCGGAGCCUGAACUGAGUCCGCUGAAAGAGCUCCAGAGGGAGGCAGAGGGGCCUUCAUCAGCCUGUGACCUGUCUGGCAGCCCCAUGACAGCGAGGCCUGCCUGAGGGAACACGUGCUCUGGCGGCGAGGAAGCAGAGCCGGCGGUGACCCGCGUCGGCAUUAAGGAUUACCUCAACCUCACCCCUCCUCCCAUGCGACCCGCCCCCCGUCCCCGGACUCCACGCCUCAACACCUGGAGGUGCCAUGAAACGGAGCUCCCCGGCCGCCUCCCCGUGCCAGCGCCGCGCCGACCUCCGCUCCCUCGCGUCUCCCGCCGCCCGGACGACCCCGCUUCCCAGCAUCCACCGCCGUCCGGCCCCGCGGCCGCCGCCCUCUCCCCCCUCGCCCGCGGCGGGGCGUCGCCAUGGCGACGGCCGCCUGGUAUCACCGGGACAUCAGCCGCGUGCGGGCGGAGGACCUGCUGGCUCGCGCCGGCAGGGACGGGAGCUUCCUGGUGAGGGACAGCGAGUCCGUGCUGGGAGCCUAUGCCCUCUGUCUGCUGUUUCAGCGACACGUUCACACGUACCGCAUUCUCCCUGACACCGACGGUCUGCUGGCUGUUCAGACUUCCCAGGGGGUUCAGGCCAACUGCUUCAGCACGCUGGGGGACCUGGUGUUGGGGUACCAGCAGCCGCACAAGGGCCUGGUGACGCCCCUGCUGUACCCCGUGGGGCGGGAAUCUGACCCCGGAGACGACAGCUCAGACGAUGAGAAGUCCGGUUUGGCAUGGACGCCCAGUCCGGCCCCACCCCCAGCCAACACAGAGCCCCCCCAAGGGACCCCCAUUUCCCCAGGCCUCCAUCUCCUCCUCCUCCAGAGGCUCCAGGAGAUCACCGUGCCCAGCGUGGCCAGUGAACUGGUGGGACUGUUGAGUGAAUACCUGCGCAGCGAGCUUCCUCAGGACCUGGAGCGUCUGCGCAGAGGGGGAACGGGUCUGCGCAUCCUACAGCGCACCCUGGGCACAGCCUGCGAGAGUCUGCACAGUGAGAUAGACCUGACCUUGUCCAGCCUGGAGACGCUGGCCAAAGUGUUUGACCAUCCUGCCUGUCCCCUGACCAGCCUCAAGACCCAGAACAUGGGGAAGGGUUCAGACCUGGACAUGGAGAGUCUGCUGUGUAAGAUCUCAGCCCUGUGCAGCCUGCUGUCCUCCCUGGAGAAGAGGGUGCUGAAGGCCCUGCAGGACGCUGUGGCCAAUCACAACCUGGCAGUACAGCCGGCCCCGCCCCCUGAGCCCUUGCCUGCAGUGAGAACGUCUGGCAGGCCCGUCCCAGUCCACUCCUUUCUGGUGAAGGUUGUCCAUUAUGGCAGACAGACGGUGUCAGUGGAUGUUGACAAGGGGAUUCUGCUGUUUGACAAAAAAUCAGGGGCCUUCGGUGUGGAAACGCUGUCACAUGACCGGAUCCUGCAGCUGGUGAAGUUCCAGGGCGGUCCAGCGAGGCUGCGCAUGGUGGUGGACAGCCACAGGAAGGCCCCGCGGGAGCUGCAGUUCGAGAGCACUAGGAAGCAGGAAGCCUUCUGCCAGCUGCUCCAGCUGAUGAAGACCAGGCACUCCCAGAUGAGCCAACCGGAUGUCAUCUCUGUGUUCGUGGGCAGCUGGAACAUGGGUGGCUCCCCGCCUCCCCGCAGCCUGCAGUCCUGGGUCACGUGCCAGGGCCUCGGCCGGGUCCUGGACGAGACGACGGCGGCGCUCCCGCACGACGUGUACGCGGUGGGCACGCAGGAGAGCACGCAGGGCGAGAGGGAGUGGGUCGAGCAGGUCAAGGCCACGCUCCGGAGCGUCACGCACAUCGACUUCAAACUGGUGGCGCUCCAGUCCCUGUGGAACCUCAGGCUGGCUGUGUUCGUGCGGCCGGAGCACGAGACGCGCAUCUGUCACGUCAGCACAGCGAGCGUGAAGACCGGCCUGGCCAACCCUCUGGGAAACAAGGGGGCAGUGGGGGUUUCCUUCCUGUUCAAUGGCACCUCUUUCGGCUUUGUCAACUGCCAUCUGACCUCAGGCAGUGAGAAAAUCCUCAGGCGGAACCAGAACUUCCAGGACAUUCUGCGCCUGCUCUCCCUGGGAGACAGGCAGCUCAGUGCGUUCGACAUCAGCCUGCGGUUCACACACCUCUUCUGGUGCGGAGACCUCAACUACCGACUGGACCUGGACGUGCAGGACAUUCUCAGACACGUCUCCAAGAGGGAGUUCACCGACCUGAUGUGCGCCGACCAGCUGACCCGCGAACGGCACAAGAGGAAGGCCUUCCUUAACUUCAAUGAAGAGCAGAUUUUGUUUCCUCCCACCUAUCGCUACGAGCGAGGCUCCAGGGACUGCUACCUGUGGCAGAAGUACAAGACCACAGGGGUGAGGGUGAACGUGCCCUCUUGGUGUGACCGGGUGCUGUGGAGGUCCUACCCUGAGACACACAUCAGCUGCACCUCUUACGGCUGCACUGAUGACAUCAUCACCAGUGACCACUCACCUGUCUUUGCAACAUUCCAAGUCGGGGUGACAUCACAGUUUAUUUCCAAGUCAGACCCGGGGUCGAGCGGGGAAAAGGCCUGGAUCGAGUUAGAGGGCAUCGAGGCGAUCGUGAAGACGUCCAGCAAAGCCAAGUUCUUCAUUGAGUUCCACUCAUACUGCUUUGAAGAGUUCCGGCGUUCCAGUGAGAAUGACUCACAGAGUUGUGAGGUGCCAGGGUUCCUGAAACUGGGCUGGUCCUCCAAGCAGAUGCCUAAGUUGGUCCCCAUCAUCUCAGACAUGGAGCUUCUGCGGGACCAGCACCUGCUGUUGUCUGUCAAAUCAUGUGACGGGUUUGAGUCAUACGGCGAGUGCUGUGUGGCGUUGCGCUCCCUCGUCGGCGGCGCGUCGGAGCAGUUCGAGACGUUCCUGACCCACCGCGGGGAGGAGAUGGGCUCCCUCCGGGGCCGGGUCCGGGCGCACGUGCCCAAGGACCGCCGUCGCACUCGAGAGAAGACCUACGAAUGGUUUUGUUUUGAGAAAGAUGAAAAGGCCUCAGUGAAAGCUCAUUUGCCGCCCCCAACGACAAGACCCCCCACCGCCCGUGUUGCGGUGGCUCCGCCUACAUCGGCCCCCAGCAGCUACACCAACCCGGCCUACUUCAUCUUCGAGGGCGUGCCGGUCCUGCGCCGGGCCCCGGAGGUCCAGGCCCCCGGGCGCGACCCCCCGGUGGUCUGGGCCCGGGACUCAGUCCUGCAGCUGCCCCGGCUGCUGGGCCGCGGCCAGGAGGGGAAGGCCCCCCGGCGGUCCGACUUCACGGAGAUCGAGAUCCCGGGAUGCCUCCCCCAGUUCCACGCUCUCAACGACCGCCCAUGCCAACCCCAGCCUCAAGCCCUGCCCGGAUCCUCCUACCAGCUCUUCCCUGCUCAGGACAAACCGCCAAUAAUCCAUUCCCCGAAGGGGUCCCCAAACAGCAGCCUCCAGCCCAGGGAGCGAGCGCCCUGCAGGGACUCCCACGGAGACCAGAGGGGCGCGUACCUAAACCCCCCCGCCCUCGCCCGCGAGACCGCCCGCUUGUACAAGGAGACCUCCAGGAAGGACCAUCCCAGAAUGCACCAGGACCGGCCCCUAUCUGUGCGCAAGGGGCCGCCCCUCUACCCCUACGUGUCCACCAGGGUGGCGCACUGCGUACCUCAGCCUGCCACGCCCUGGCCGCUGGAGGCGUCUCAGGUGGGACCACCUGGGGACAACUCCCUCACCGCCCUGCAGAUCGCCAGGUCCCUCAGCGAGGUGGACUUCCUGCCGGCGGAAAGAGCUUUACCCGGCCCGCGGAAAGCCAUUGGCCGACACAGAGACCUCGGGUACGAUCUGUCUAUCUCCACGGAGACGGCUUACUGCUGGGAGAAAGAGGUGUCUGUAUUGCACGGAGCCCCAGAGACAGUGCGGGAACUGCUGUGCACCCUGGGUCUACAGCGGUACACUCUGGGGCUCAGCCUGAACGGCUGGGAUGACCUGGACUACUUCAGUGGGAUCACUGAGGAGGACCUCCUGGCAGCUGGGGUGACCAACCCCUCCCACCGCAGGAGGAUUCUGGAGAACCUGCCCAGGAUUUGGGAUUGAGGGGGGCGGGGGGGGGUCCCCGGACUAGCCAUGAUGGCAAUUGGGUCCAGGACAGCAGGAUUAGGAUGGACCAAGCAGGCCCGUGCAAAGACCAAGGAGAAGAGACUGGGCUGAUCUGAGAGAACUGCCAUCGCGGACCCAGACCUGAGAAUAUCCGCUGAACACCUCUCACGCUCCUGUGUUAGGGGGAAGGGGGAUCGGCUUCUUUUUUUUGAUCGUUUCUGAAAUGUACUGCCUUUUUUUAACCAUUGCAAAACAAAACCUUGGAAGUCUGAUGAUCACAAAACUGUGCGACUCGCUGACGUUAAAAUCAAAAGUUGGGAAGCCCUACCCUUUCCUUUAUGGUGGCCUUGACCUACUCAUUUAUCAGCCCGUGAACGCAUAAGUCAUUCAGUGAGGGUUCGAUCGAUGAUGUAUGUGUGGUGCGUCUGAAAAUGUACACAGAAACAGUGAAGUCUGUUUCUUUUAACACAACUUCCGAUGACUCAUUCAUCUCAACCUGGCUAUUCUGUGAAGCAGAUCAGAAUUUGAAUUCAGCAGAAGGUUGUAUUUAGUAAAGAUACAGAUACUGCAUCUAUUACAGGUCUGUGUUCUCAUUUGUUUUCACAACUUGGGCAUACCUCCAAAUCCGAACAAUAUAAUUAAACAUUCUAUUGUA